UUGGACAAACGGCGCAUUUUCACCUUUGUACGGUGUAUAGGCCCGUGUAUAGGUCGCUACACUCGCUAUGAUCGACGAUAAGAUCAAAAAUCGUAAAUAAAAAUCAUCGGAUUUGGGGAAAUGAGGUGAUAUCAUCAUUCCCACAGUUGCCAUGACUAACUUGAAGAUGGAACACUGGUCGUCGAAACAAGUUUGUUUCCGGGGCUAUAAAAUUCUUCUCCUUCUUACUGUGGUAGCGACUGUGUCUCCCUCAAACCCUUCUCCAUGCAUAUCACAAACAAUUGAUACGACUUGUACUUGCCUGAGCCCUCCACCACCUCCACCACCACCUCCACCAAUAUUUCCAUGCUAUAAAGACCCUUUGGAUGAACAACGUCUUCUUGUUAUAGCUGGAUGCGUGGUGGCGAUGUUGUUAAUUGUACUGGUAUUUGUUGGUGGUUUCAUCUACUCUAAGAAGUGCGCUGUAGACGGAUCAGCAGCUCCAGAUAUACAGACCUCUGGAAAUCUACCAGAUGAUGAAACACCUCACACCACCAAGCCAACAUUAACAAGCGGUGAUGAGUAUAUGGAACUGAACUUUGACCAAUCAGACUUCAGAAAUGCGGUCUCCGAUGUUCCCGAAGUGCACCAUACACACAUGGCCAUGAAGUGCAAAUCCCCAGCUAGUACUAGCCGACCCAUCACCUCAGACUCAGUUGACGAUCAUGGUGAUGCUGUACAUAAAGUUAGACCCACUCUCGUCCGCAAGCAAGUGCAGGCCCAUUCUAAUCUGAAGGAGGAGCCUACUUAUGUUAACACCGAAGGUGCGUCAACUUAUUGAGAAAUUAGUUCAGAUAUUUCAAGCAUUGUUGAGGAUCAUGCGGAUGGCCGUGAUGAUGUGUUGACAACAUACCUCUAAAGAAAGGAAAUUGACGUGUUCAUUGGUGAAGUCAAUGUUACUUACCAAAUUGUUAUUAUUUUCAAUAUGUUUCUCUACUUAUUUCUGUAACGAACACAAUAUAAGCAUUGUAUCUUAAUAUAGUAAUGAUGCAAAUAUAGAUUCUGCAAACACCGUUUAGGAUAACACUGAUGGCCGUGUUGAUGUGUUGACAACGUAACUGUUAAGAAAGGAAUUUGAAGUGUUCAUUGGUUGCUACCUCAUUAUUCACGAUUUGAAAAAAAAAUUGGUCGUAUACAUUUUGAUAUUACAUUUACACUUGUCUUCUUUGCAAAAAAAUGACUUUAAUUAUAUCAUUGAUGCAAAUGAAAAAAUAAAUAUGGAUAGAAAAACAUUUGAACUUUUGUUUGUGUAAAUUACACUGUUAUGACUGUAUCACACCCUAUCUCUGUACGUAGUAAAAAGAAAACUCUACAUUUCAAACAUAGUCAUCAUGAAAAUGAUAGAAAUGUGACGCAUAUAUAUAUCAUAAUUGUUUGAACUCUUUGUUUGUGUUAAUUUUAUUAUCAUAUUUCACAUUAUUUCUUUGCACUUAAUGAGAGAAAAAAAAUCAAUCAUAGUUAUGAUGAAAAUAGUAUGAACGUAAAGUGUACAUGCAUUUGAAAUAUAUGUUUGAUUUAUGUAGUUUUUGUUGUAAGUCUACAUUUUGAUAUCAUGUUUCACAUCCAUCUCCGAAUCUAAUAAUAUGUAAUAUUGUAAUUUACUCAUAAAAAUACUCAUGAAAAUGAU